AUGGGAGUUCAAAAGUUUAUGUUCAUGCUCAUAGUUAUUACUUUGAAAGAGACUUCAUCGAUGCUGCUUUGGGAUCGCAUGCGCUGUGCGCCGGACCCCGAGCAGAGCAUACCGGACGGCGCCACCGACGACAUCGGCCGCUUCCCCUGGAUGGGCAUCAUACAGCACACCUUCUAUAUGGGCGGGCGCAGUCGCUUCGCGGUGACGUCUGGGAUCCUCAUUCACCCAGAAUACGUCAUCGCAUCAGCUGAGGACAUGGCCCGCAUCCACCCAGAAACUUUAGCGAACACCACCCAGUUCGUGGCCUGGCACAGCAAAGACGUGAAGUACACCGUGGACGUCAAGGACUACACCCUGCACCCUGAGUUCGUGGAAGGCUCCACGCUGGCCUCCAUCGCGCUGGUGGAGCUCCACAACUACGGCCAGAUCGGGUACAGCGAGGCAGGCAGUCCCAUUCUUCCAAUAUGCAUGACGGUGACAGGGGCCGGCAGCUUAUCAGAUUUGUACGCCAUCAAAAUGACGGACGUAAAAGGCGAAGUAUUCAAAGAAGCAUACAAAAUGAGUUUCGUAGAAGAGAAAGACUGUGAAGAGUUCUAUUAUAAAGCUAAGCUGACGUACAAGAAGAUGCGGCCCAUCAACCCGAUCUGCGCGGUGGUGGACCAGCUGACGACGCCGUGCGUGUGGGACGGCGGUUCCGCGCUCGUCACGCGCCAGGGCUGGGGCUACUGGAAACUAGUCGGCUUUGGAGUCCGAGGGCCGGGCUGCGGCGCGCCCUCGCGGUUUAUCCACAUCCACGACUACAUGGACUGGAUCGAUGCCCUGGUCUCCUUCUCCGACCUCGACAUGGGCGACGAGGAGGAGCAAAAGCUGUACUUCAGAAGACUCUCUCCGAUCAAACUCGUCAUGUACAAAGGUGAAACCAAGAUCCCUAAGGAUCAGGGUCAGUGCGAGCGCAAGGACCGCGGCGGAGUCCUGUUCAAGGACAGCUCGGAAGUCCUCGUCAAUAAGAACUUUGCUCAAGGAUUCUACUUUUUGACAGUGACACAGAUCGCGGGCUUCUAUUGCGCGUCUGUGGCGCUGGAGGCCGUGUCCCGCUCCAACGCGGCCGUCUGGCUGGAGCACCACUGCCACAGAGACGUCGUGGGGCUCGCGCCGGGCAUGCAGGGCCCCGACGCACGCAAGUAGGGCCCCUGCUUCGUGUAUUACAAGUCGAAGGCGUUCCUCGAGUUCCGGUUCUUCUUCUCGUUCCGGGUGGUGAUCGAGCUGACAAUCUACGGCAAGGAGGAGCUGCCGAAGCUGCUGCCCAACCCCUUCCACACCACCGAGACCACCAACAACUGGUUCCCCACCGGCAUCUUCAGGUGGGGCAAGUUUGUCCCAUAUGCCUCUUACUGGUAUUACAUGUAA